GGAGCAAAAUGUUAUCUCCAAGUUUAUUUUCACUUAAAAAACACUUCUUCACCUUUCAGCCUUAGCCCUCUUUCUUGCUUACUAAAAAUAUUUGUCUUUCUUCUGAUCACCAUGGGCAAUUGUGUGUCUUUCCAACUUUCUGUUGAUGGUCAAAUGCUUAACACUAUCUCUACAUUCUUAUGUGGCGAAGGUUAUAUUCGAAACCUCAAUAAAAACCUCGAAUCUCUGCAGAAGGAAAUGGAAGAUCUCAGAGCAAGUAAAGUUGUGGUGCAGAAUAAGGUAAUGAGAGAGGAAGAGACACGACAUCAACAAAGGCGUGAAGAUGUCCAGGUAUGGCUUGACCGUGUCAGUAGCAUUGAUAUAGAGUGUAAAGAUGUGCUUAGUAUUAGCCCCGUUGAGCUUCAAAAGUUGUGUCUCUGCGGUUUUUGUUCAAAAUCUGUGUGUUCAAGCUACAAAUAUGGGAAACGGGUAUUCUUGUUACUGGAAGAUGUUAAGAACCUCAGAUCUGAGGGUAAAUUUGACGAGGUUGCUCAGCCGCCUCCAAGAUCUGAAGUUGAGGAGAGGCCUACUCAGCCUACGGUUGGUCAGGAAGAAAUGCUCGAGAAGGCAUGGAACCGCCUUAUGGAAGAUGGAGUCGGAAUCAUGGGUCUGCACGGUAUGGGUGGUGUAGGCAAAACUACCCUUUUCAAGAAAAUACACAAUAAGUUCACUGAAAUAGCUGGUACGUUUGACGUUGUGAUCUGGAUUGUGGUGUCUCAAGGCGCAAAGAUUUCAAAGCUUCAAGAAGAUAUUGCAGAUAAACUACACCUUUGUAGCGACGAGUGGAAGAACAAAAAUGAAAGUGAUAAGGCCGCUGAUAUACACAGAGUUUUAAAGGGAAAGAGAUAUGUUUUAAUGCUAGAUGACAUAUGGGAGAAAGUGGAUUUACAAGCCCUCGGAGUUCCAUUUCCAACCAGAGAAAAUAAAUGCAAAGUAGUAUUCACCACACGUUCCAAAGAAGUAUGUGGGCGGAUGGGGGAUCAUGAACCAAUGGAAAUCAAAUGUUUGAAACCAGGGGAAGCAUGGGAAUUGUUCAAAAACAAGCUUGGAGACUACACAUUAAGAGGAGAUCCCAGAAUUGUCGAGCUAGCUGAAAAAAUAGCUGAAGAAUGCCGUGGUCUGCCACUGGCGCUCAGUAUCAUUGGCGAGACAAUGGCAUCUCAAACUAUGGUACAAGAAUGGGAGUAUGCACUUCAUGUUUUGACUACAUCCGCUGCAGAGUUUGAUGACAUGGAAAAUAAAAUUCUUCCAAUUCUCAAGUACAGCUACGAUAGCUUGGUGGAUGAAAAUAUCAAGUCAUGUUUCCUAUAUUGUGCUCUGUUUCCAGAAGAUUAUGAGAUAAAUAAAGAAAAGUUGAUAGACUACUGGAUAUGCGAAGGAUUCAUCGGAGACUAUCAUGGUAUAAAAAUAACAAGGAAUAAGGGUUAUACGAUGCUCGGUACCCUUAUCCGUGCAAACUUGUUGACGGAGGUUGGUACAAGAUUUGUUGGGAUGCAUGACGUGGUUCGUGAAAUGGCUCUAUGGAUUGCAUCCGAUUUUGGGAAACAGAAAGAGAAUUUUGUUGUGCGAGCAGGAGUCGGGUUACGUGAAGUACCAGAAGUCAAGGAUUGGGGAGCUGUGAAAAGGAUGUCAUUAAUGAAGAAUGAUAUUAAAGAGAUACCAUUCAGGUCCAAGUGUUCUGAACUUACAACUCUGUUCCUCCAGCGUAAUAUACAUCUGAAGAAUCUCUCAGGUGAAUUUAUUCAGUCUAUGGAAAAGCUUGUUGUUUUGGAUCUUUCAGGCAAUGGAAACAUUAUUAAACUUCCAGAGCAGAUAUCAAAGCUGGCCUCCUUGCAGUAUCUUGACUUGUCACUUACAAGUAUAGAGCAACUGCCGGUUUGUCUCCAAGAGUUGAAAAAGCUAAAUCAUCUGGAUUUGACUAAUACAUGGGAACUUUGCAGUGUCAGUGGGAUAUCAAAGUUGUUGAAUCUAAGAGUUUUGAAACUACGAGGUUCUAAAGUUCAUGGAGAUGUAAGCUUAGUGAAGGAGCUGCAGCUAUUGGAGCACAGUAGUCAUGUCGUGGAGAUUUAUACAGAUAUAAAAUGCAGAGAAAGCGAGACAGACUCGUCUCACUUAAGCAAUCCGAAAAUUCCAUGCUUUACCAACAUCUCGGAACUGAUUAUAAGUAACUGCCAUAGCAUUAAGGAUUUGACUUGGCUAUUGUUUGCUCCAAAUCUUGCCUAUCUAGCGAUUUCAUAUUCAAGAGGAGUGGAAGAAAUUAUAAAUAAAGAGAAAGCAACGGAUCUUACAGGUAUUACUAUUACCCCAUUUCUGAAGCUAGAACGCUUAGAGUUGUUUAUAUUACCGAAGCUGGAGAGUAUCUACUGGAGUUCUCUCCCCUUUCCGGUUUUGAAUGGCAUAGCUAUAAGAGACUGUCCAAAGCUGAGAAAGCUUCCCUUAAAUGCUACAAGUGCCCCACGACUUGAGCGAUUUAAAAUAAUUACGGAUCCGGAGGAUCCAGAACAUGGAAAUGACAUUGAAUGGGAGGACGAAGAUACAAAAAAUCGUUUCUUGCCUUCAAUCCGUCGGGUCUGAAAACCACAUUACUCAGGAUUGGGAUUCCUCACUUUCUGAAAUCAGAAUCCACGCUCUUCUUCUUCUUCUUCUUCUUCCUAUUAGUACUUUCUCUUUUCUUGUGGUGUGUGUGUUUUGCAUUUGGAUUGUAUAAUUGAUUUUUUGCUUUGCAUUUUAGAUUAUAUUUGUGGAGUGUGUUGUGGACCUGUGGGUUGUUCACUUGGAUUACGGUUUUCAUUUUCCAAUUGUUUUCAGACUAUAUUUUUUUACACAAUCAACUUACAAUUUAUGCUAUUAGGUAAAAUCCAAGCUUCAAUCUGUUGGUUUCUCUUU